AUGCAAUAUAUAGAAUUAUUAAUUAUGUUCCUUAGUGUUUUAUUAGCUGUUGCUUUUUUAACAGUUGCUGAACGUAAAACUAUGGCUUAUAUGCAAAGACGUACUGGUCCUAAUGCUGUUGGUUAUUUAGGUGUUUUAAUGGCUAUAGCUGAUGCUGCUAAAUUAUUACUUAAAGAAAUUAUUACACCUACUCAUGCUGAUAAAUUUAUAUUAUUUAUUAGUCCUAUGAUAGCUUUAAUUUCUUCUUUAUUAUGUUGAAGUAUUAUUCCUUUUGCUCCUGGUGUUACUAUUUAUGAUAGUAAUUAUGGUUUUAUUCUUAUGUUAGCUAUUAGUAGUGUUGGUGUUUUUGGUCCUUUACUUGCUGGUUGAUCUGGUAAUAGUAAAUACUCUUUAUUAGGUAGUAUUCGUGCUACUGCUCAAUUAAUUAGUUAUGAACUUAUAUUAACUACUAUAGUUCUUAUUUGUAUAUUAUUAGCUGGUACUAUGAAUUUAAGUAAAUAUGUUGAAUUACAAGAAUCUAUCUGAAUAGGUAUACCUUUAUUACCUUUAUCUAUUAUGUGAUAUAUUGGUUGUGUUGCUGAAACAGCUAGACCUCCUAUGGAUGAAGUUGAAGCUGAAUCUGAAUUAGUUUCAGGUCAUAUGACUGAAUAUUCUUCAUCUAUAUUUGUUUUAUUCUUCUUAUCUGAAUAUGCUUCUAUUUUAUUCUUAUCUACUUUAACUGCUAUAUUAUUCUUUGGUGGUGGUACUGGUGUUAUUUUAGCUUUAAAAGCUAAUAUUUUUGCUUAUACUUAUAUUUGAAUUAGAGCUACUUUACCUAGAAUUAGAUAUGAUAGAUUAAUUCAUUUAUGUUGAAUGGUAUUUUUACCUAUUUUAUUUGCUGUUGCUAUUUUUAUUCCUGUAUUAAUUUAUUCAUUAGAUGCUAUUAUUUUAUUAUAA